AUGACUUCGGCAGCAGCCUCUUUGGUCGGCAAGACGUUUCAAGAGAUCCUUCGGACGCCCCCGCCCGCUGUAUCUGCCGGUGUGGGCGGCUUGAUCGACAUGGCGUUGUUCUGGAAAGCCGCGGGACCAUCUCGAUACUUUGCGCAGAGCGAAGAGUUCGAUCGGCAGCUCGUCGAGCGGUACUCGCGCAUUUAUCCAGAAGCCUAUGCGGAAAAGCUCACGCCCACCAUUCCUUCUGCCUCGGCGGAAACCUCGGGAGAGAGCAUGCUAGCCGAACAGCAUCUAGGGAUGGUCCUGUUGCUCGAUCAGUUCCCGCGCAACGCCUUUCGUGGCUCACCAAAGCAAUACCAGUCAGAUCGACUCGCCAAGAAGUGGGCCGAGAUCGCCAUCGAGCACGGAUUGAACAGGAAGGUGGAUGAAUCGGUGGAGCUCUUCUUCUAUCUACCAUGGGGGCAUUCUGAGAAUCUUGAAGAUCAGGACAAGGGUCUCAGAGAGGCGGAGAGGAUCGGUGGGCAAUUUCUGGGCGCUGCGAGGGAGCAUAGGGAGGUCAUUGCUAGAUUCGGCAGGUUUUGCCAUCGGAACGAGGUGCUAGGGAGAGAGUCGACCGAGGAGGAGAAGGAGUGGCUCGCCAACGAGGCGCAUGCUUGGGCCAAGUCGUAG